UAUUCAUCCUUUCAGAGCUAGCUCCAGAAUAACAUUGCCUUCCAACUGCAGAGCCAUUCAUACCUGAGGAGCUGUGACCUCUGGGAGCCCUGCUGCCAAAAAAAUCCAGCCUGGCUGUUCUCUGGGAAGCAGGGAGGGCACAUUUUAGCCCAGAAACAGCAUGUGAUCACAACCAAAGGAGCCGCCCAGGGCUUUGUUUAGACACCUGAGGAAAUCAGCCUUGAACUUGAGGCUGUUAAAGCUGGAGUGUCACAUGUUCGGUGAUGAAAAGAGCCAAAUGAUGGUCUGAUCCCUGCUCCAGAGGAGAAACUCCCUCCUGGAAAUUCCACUGUGGAAAAAAACAAGCUCAAGUUCCCUCCUCGCAAAUAAAUAAAGAAAUAAACAACAAAACAACCCAAAGCUGAGGUGGAAUUUCCCCACUUUCCAGCUCAGAGGCAAGAAGGUGACUGUUGAAACACAGACGAGUGACUCGGUAGAGACUUUGCACCUUGUGCUGCCUGGGCUGGGAUCUCUCAUUGCUGUGGAUUUGGGAAACUCUCUUUUUUUUUUUUUCCCCUGGAAAACUAAAACCUGUGCCUUGCUCCCUUGAGAUGGCUGCUGUGUGAUGGGGGGAAAAAAUGCAACCUAGGAGAAGCAGGAACAACUCGAACACCUUGGGAGAGGCAAGAACACCCUGAGAGAAGCCAGAACAUCCUGGGAGAAGCCAGAACAAACAUUUUGGGAGAAGCCAGAACAAACAUUUUGGGAGAAGCCAGAACAUUUUGGGAGAAGCCAGAACAUCCUGGGAGAGCACCUGAAGAGAACCAUUCCUGACAGCUUCUGAUUUGGGAGCUUUGUCAUCAAUUUUAGCACAGAAGAAAAAAAAAAAAAAAAAAAAAGAAAAAAGGAGAGAAAAGAUGUGGUAAAAAACCCAAAGUGAAUGAAAGUUCAUCUUCGCCGGCAAACCGAGCUGUUACUAAAACCCCACACUGAAACUCUGCUGUGGUUUUUUGGUGGUAGAAAGAGUAAAAGAGGAGUUUGGUUGUCUUGGGCCAGCCCUCCCCUUCCUCCUCCUCCUCCUCCUCCUCCUCCUCCUGGCGAGGGUAUAAAAGGCGGCUCCUCUUCCUGCUGUUGCUCAUUCACAGCGGCUAAAGUGCCUUGUCCCGGGGUGCCAAAGCCGUCCCCAGGCCUGUCCCCAGCCGUCCCCUCUGCCGUGCUCACCCUCGAACCGCGCCCGCUGCUCCGCUCCGCUCUCCCCCGCGCAAGAUGCGCGGCUCCCUGCCCUGCGCGCCCCGACGCCUCUGCCUCCCGCUGCUGCUUCUCGUGGAAGUUACGUUGGGAACUCCUGCAGCACCACUGAAUAGGAGGGACAAGUUGUAUCCCUUGGACCCAACCAGGGAUGGGGAAGACUUUUAUCAAGUCCAGGACAGUCAUCUCUACUGCAGGAAGUGCCCUGCAGGCACCUAUGUUGCAGAGCACUGCAAAGAGCAGAAUGGCUCCAGCAAGUGUUUGCCAUGUAAGAAGGAUGAAUACAUUGAAUAUCCAAACGACUUCCCCAAGUGCCUCGGCUGCCAAACGUGUCGGGAAGAUCAGGUGGAGCUGAGUCCCUGCCGAGCCACCAGCAACACCCAGUGCGUCUGCAGGAACGGCACCUUCUGCUCCCCUGACCACCCCUGUGAGAUGUGCCAGAAGUGCCGGCCUCGGUGUCCCGAGGGAGAAGUGGAGCUGGCUCCCUGCACUCCGCACAGCGACCGCCGCUGCGGUCCUGCCACCACCACCUCUGGCUUAGCUGGACGCUGGAUUGUGUUGAUCGUACUUGGGCUACUUGUAGUGGUCCUUCUUGGGGUCUUCGUCCUGUGGCAAUGCUACCGCUGCCAUUCCUCAGGAGAUGGGAAGAACCUGAGUAGCAAGUCCUGCAGCGUGAUGGACUACCUGAGGCAGCAGCUGAGGAAGCUCCAGCAGGGAGGCCGGGGGACCCAGGACAACAUCCGCAACGAGCAUUUCUGGCAGGACCAGCUGCUCCUCGGGGCAUCAAGUUCAGUGACUCCCAGUGCUCCAGGACCUGAGACAAUUAGAAGAUCAUAUCCCACUGCACCACCCAGGAGGAAUCUGGUUCCAGGAAAUCUGGUAGAAGGAAAAGACUCCAUGUACUGUUUGCGACGCUCUUUCGACAUCUUUGCCCAACAAGUGCCCUACAAAGACUGGAAGAGGUUUGGCCGAGCCCUUGAUCUGCUGGAGAAUGACAUUGCCCUUGCAGAGACAAAUGACAAGGCUUCUGUGGAGCCCUUCUUCCAGAUGCUCAACACCUGGCUUAACAGACAAGGGAUCAAUGCCUCUGUGAACAUGCUGCUGGUUGCCCUGCACGACAUCAAUCUUGGAGGGAUUGCAGAGGACAUCUCCUCCAAGCUGGUCCAGCAGGGAUAUUUCCAAUAUGAAGUCAGCUGAGGUCCUCCCCACUUCAAGCUGAAGUUAUAAAUACCUCUGAGAAGACUUGAAUUUUCUGUUUAUAACUCUUCUGUGGCUCUUCUCUUUUUUAAGCCAUUGUACAGUUGAGCUGAGCCCAGAGGAGUUGAUCCACUCAUGACGUACAAACCUCAUGGUCCUCUCUGUAGCUAUGGACUCAAUAUUGGUGCUUCCUUAUGAAAUCCAAGCUGGUGCCUUCAUUCCAGAGUCAAAGCACAGGGCCUGAAACUAUUGCAAGCUGCUUGUGGGACUUUCUCACCUGGAAGCACUGGUACUUACAUGGACAUCUUCAGGAUCAGCACAGAGAAGGGCCUGUGCAGGACAUAGGCAUCCCUGUGGGUUUUAUCUGGCUCAUCUUCAGAUUCUUGGCAUCAUGCAAUGGCUUCUGCUUGUAGAACAUCUCCUAGGUGGCUAGCAAGCUUCAUACUGUAUGAUUGGUGGGCAGAUGUUCUGGGGUUCUUGGUUUACUUACUGUUGUCUAAAUUGCUUUGUAGCUUGUGGUUGUUCUGCUUGUUACUGGGAGUCGGUUUGAAACUGGACUUUGAGGAGAGGGUGGGAAUCCCAGUGGUCUGGGCUCACUGGGCUUGCCCAGGAAAGGCUGAGGAAUGUGGGCAGCAAAGUAUUGGUGUGCCAGAAACCUUCUUUCUCUGUGACCUUGGCCAAGUCAGUUCCCAUUCCCUUGGCCACAGGGUGGCUUUGCUGUCCCUUGUCUGUCUCCAGCCACCAUGGAAUGGUGAUUGCACUGAGGUCUGAGCAGGGUUGUGGGGACCUGCCAUCCAUCCACCAGUUGGAUGGGUUGCUCCUCAGCCCCUUGGCCCCUUGCUCAGGCUCUUAAGCUCAGGGACAACUUGGCUGGAAAAAACUCCUCCAGUACUUGAGCUGGCUACACAGGCUGCCACCCCAGUCCAGCCCAGCCCACUGGGACCUCACCAAAGUGAGGACAACAUCACCAGCCCCUCUCAGCAAGGCAAGGGUACUGCUGUGGGCUGGGAUACAGCUCUUUUUUUCAUCACAGUAGCUGGUUUGGGGAUGUUUGGGCUGCUGGGAACACUGGGAUGUUUUAGUCAUUGCUGAGUGGUGCCCAAACCACACCCUGUUCUCAUCCCUCCCACCUCUCCUCCCCCCUUCCUCAUUUAGAAAACACAAGCAGAAGAUUUGUAUUUAUGUAUUUAUUUAGUAAUAGUAAACUUAUACAUAUAUUAACUUAAAACCUAAUAUAAAAAUAGUGGUUUUUUUACUAUGCAUUAUCAUGUUUUUAUGGCAAGCUCUGGCCCAGCGAGCUUGCUCUUCCCAGGU